GUGUUGAGAAUUUUUCUUGCAUACUCUCUUUUUUGUGAUUGAGAACCCCCCUCUGCGCCCCACCCCCCGUCCAGCUCUACUGACAAAAAUGGCGGACCUCGAAGCUGUUCUGGCGGAUGUCAGCUAUCUGAUGGCCAUGGAAAAAUCCAAAUCAGCCCCAGCUGCACGAGCCAGCAAGAAGAUUAUUCUUCCGGAUCCCAGCGUUCGGAGUGUGAUGCACAAAUACUUGGAGAAGGAAAAUGAAAUAAGUUUCGAUAAGAUAUUCAAUCAAAUUUUGGGAUAUUUGCUGUUCAAAGACUUUUGUGAGAAUGUUUCGGAAGAGCCAGUUCCUCAUCUCAAAUUCUAUGAGCAAAUAAAGAAUUAUGAAAAAACCGAGUGCCACGACGAGAGGCGCAAGUUAGCGCGGGAAAUUUAUGAUAAUUUCAUAAUGAAGGAAAUGCUAUCGCAUACCCAUGAAUAUUCUAAAGAAGCUGUGUCGCAUGUGCAGAAAUAUUUAAUGAAGAAUGAGGUGCCAGUCAACUUGUUUGAGCCAUACAUUGAGGAAAUUUUCCAUCAUCUACGCGGUGAGCCGUUCGUAAAGUUCCUCGAGAGUGAAAAGUACACACGAUUUUGCCAAUGGAAGAAUCUUGAGUUGAAUAUCCAGCUGACAAUGAAUGAUUUUAGUGUGCACCGAAUAAUUGGGCGUGGGGGCUUCGGGGAGGUUUAUGGGUGCCGGAAGGCGGAUACGGGGAAGAUGUAUGCGAUGAAGUGCUUGGAUAAGAAGCGCAUUAAAAUGAAGCAAGGGGAAACAUUGGCACUCAAUGAGCGCACAAUGCUCUCACUCGUGAGCACGGGAAUCGAUUGUCCGUUCAUUGUGUGCAUGACCUAUGCUUUUCACACGACGGACAAGCUCUGCUUCAUACUCGACCUCAUGAAUGGUGGUGAUCUGCAUUACCAUUUGUCCCAGCACGGGGUGUUCAAUGAGAGUGAAAUGAAAUUCUAUGCAGCUGAAGUUAUUUUGGGGUUGGAGCACAUGCACAAGCGCUACAUUGUGUAUCGUGAUCUGAAGCCAGCGAAUAUCCUGCUGGAUGAGAAUGGGCACAUACGGAUAUCGGAUUUGGGGCUGGCGUGUGAUUUUUCCAAGAAGAAACCCCAUGCAUCGGUGGGGACACAUGGGUAUAUGGCCCCGGAGGUCCUCUCGAAGGGUACACCGUAUGAUUCGAGUGCUGAUUGGUUUAGCUUUGGGUGUAUGUUGUAUAAAUUGCUGAAGGGACAUUCGCCGUUCCGGCAGCACAAGACAAAGGAUAAACAUGAAAUUGAUCGAAUGACGUUGACAAUGAAUGUGGAACUUCCGGAGUCAUUUAGUAAGGAACUACGCAAUCUACUUGAGAGUCUUCUCCACAGAGAUGUUGAUAAGAGAUUGGGAUGUCGUGGCAAAGGAGCUGAGGAAGUGAAGGAGCAUCCAUUUUUUGCGGGAAUAGACUGGCAUCAAGUGUAUAUACAAAAGUACACGCCACCCCUUAUACCACCGCGGGGGGAGGUGAAUGCAGCAGAUGCAUUCGAUAUUGGUUCAUUUGAUGAAGAAGACACAAAAGGUAUUAAGCUCACGGAGGCAGAUCAGGAACUCUACCGAUACUUUCCAUUGACCAUAUCAGAAAGAUGGCAACAAGAGGUGGCAGAGACGGUCUUUGAGACGGUUAACAAUGAGGCUGAUAAAGUUGAGAAUAAGAAGAAGGCAAAACAGAAGCAGCGCUUCGAUGCAGAUGAAAAGGAGUCUGAUUGCAUUCUUCAUGGCUACAUUAAGCGGUUAGGUGGUGCUUUUGCGUCAGUUUGGCAAACGAGAUAUGCUAAAUUGUAUCCAAAUCGAUUGGAAUUACAUUCGGAAAGUGGUAGUACGAAGCCAGAACUGAUUUUUAUGGACCAAAUAGAGGAGGUAUCGUCGGAUUAUGUGCAAUACAAAAAUGAGCAAUGUAUACAAAUACGUUUUCGGGAUGGUAUACGCGAUGGGCGGAUAGUUUUGACGAAUCCGGAUGAAAUUGGACUAAAGGAAUGGGCAUUGUCGCUAAGAUCAGCACAUAAGCUAUCGCAGGAACUUCUUGGUUCCAUGGCGAAGAAAGCGGGUAAGAUUUAUGGGACUGAACGUGAUAUAAGUACAGCGGCGUCGGCAACAAAUAAAGCGGCAAUUAUUACCGGGAAUGUUUCGGGGAAUGCAUUUGCCAAAAGUACCAAUGGAUCCAACUAGCGGUUACUUUUACGAUCUCGUUCUUGUUUCAUCGAGACGAAUCGUUUGAAAGAUGCCUCUGCUAAAUUAAAAUGCAAAGAUACAUAAGAAAAAUAAACAAAAAAGAAAUAAAAACGGUGUACAAUUUUUGUUAAAAUGAAGACGAAAAAAACAAAUAAUAACAAAAUCACACACAUUAACUUUUUUACUACAAAACUCCCAACUUUUUUAAAUCAUUAAUAUUCUCUCUUUUUUAUACAAAUCACAAAAACAAAUAUUUUAUUAAUUGUUUUUUUUUCUAUACAAUAUAAAAAUGUGGUUUUUUCUACUGUACCACCCCCGCCCCGAAGUCUCCCGUAAUCCCAUUCCCUUUUGUUAAAUAAAAAAAAUAAACUUGAAAAGAAUUUUUGAAAGAAUGAAAAUUUAUAUUAAUGAAAUAAAUAAAUAAAUGAGAAAAAAUUAUAAAUAGUAGAUAAUGUAAUAUAAUACAUACAUAUAUAAUUUAUUUCACAUAAUAUACAUUAGAAACAUCAGAAUUAUGCAUAAAAAAUAAUUAUUCAAUUCAGUGUGGAAGGAUAAGAGAGAAAAACUUUAAGUGUUUUGAUGAAGAUGGCGUUGUUAGAAUUGAGGUUAAGUUGAUUUUUUUUCCAUUUUAACUGGACGACAAAAGUGGUAAUCGCUACCAAUUCGACUUCAUUUAGAUCUUCAUUUUCUCUCAUAAAAAAAAUAUUUUUCCAAGUUUUCUUUCGACGAUCUUAAAGUAGGUAAUGAUCCUUUAUUCUAAGGAAUUUAAUUUUUUUAAUUUUUAUUUUUUAUUUUAACUCUGAGGCGAUCGAAAAAAGUCGAAUUGGUCACUUUGUGCAGUAGAUUCCUUUAAAUUAGGGGAUUUCAAAUACAAGAAGUUCGUCAAGAGAAGAUCUGGAAAAAGUUUUUCUUAUUUAAAGAAAAUUAAGCUCAAAGUUUGAGGUUAGAAAUUCGUGUCCUCCAAGUGUUAAGCAAAAAAGUACAGGUUUGAUGAACCAAGGCAAAUUGAUUGAGGGCUCUCUGUCGUGAAGAAAAUGAAUCAAUUAAUCCUUUUUCUUCACCUAAUCAGUCGCUUCUGCUGAAAAUAAAACAUUAAUUUAUCUCUCUAAAGAGGAAUUGUUUAUUAAAAAAAAUUCUCUUAGUUUUGUGGAGCUCGUAGAAACUUUUAUUUAGAUUCCCUUCCUCUGUAUUUUAACUCUUUUACUUUGAAUUUUGAUCGAUUCAUACUCAAGGAAGAUAAUUUGUGAAAUUCUUUGGUUUUUUUUUAUUACAGUGAAUGAAAUUCUUAAGAUUUCUUUUAUUUUUGGUUAGUUUUCUUAAGAUUUCCUAUAUUUUCUUAAGAAUGGGGUAGAUUCUGAUAAAAAUCUUUUCUUAAAUCGUUCUACAAAUUCGUUAUUCCAGAAAACAGUCAGAAAGAACUUUAAAGAGAGCCUUGGAAAAGUACAUAAUUUUCUUUCAGAAAUCCGUUUAAAGAAAGAAAUAAAAUGUCAAAAUCUUAUAAGAUUUUUCCCGGAAUACCAAAAAUCUUAUGACGAAUAGUAAGGAAAGAAAAGAAAAGAUUUGUUCAGAAUCUACCCCAACAUCUCAGUGUUCUGAAGUAAAAUUAAAGAUUUUUUUUUUAGUUUUCUUAACCGAAACUUAAUAUUCCUUAAGUCAGGCUUCACCUUCGGGCAUAUUGAUUAUCAAACUUAGGAAAAUCAUUAAAAAAUAAUUUUUUUGCCUAUUUCAGUCUAAGUAGUGAAAUUUCAAGCUUCUCUUCAGAAAACUGAAGAAAACUUAAAUUUUUCUUAUAAAAACUUUAGUCAUUCUCAAAAAAUUUUAUGUUUUGCUUUUGAAAUCUUAAAAAAAUUAAAAAUCCUAAGUUUUUCUUUACUUUUGCUUUAUAAAGCUUAAGUAUUCUUAAGUUUUUCUUAAUAAAACAUUCUUAUUGUUUCUCUUUUAUUCUUCUGCUCCCUCCCCCCUGAAUUGUGUGCAAACAUGAAGAUAAUCAUGCGUAAAAGGAAGAAGUUAUAUAAACUGAUAUUUGACAUUUAACAUUAGAAAAGUAUAUUUAAAAAAAAUGAAGAAGAAAAAAAAGAAAGAAAUUUGUUGGUAAAUAGCUGUAUUGCACAUAAAUAUUGUAAAAAGAAAAUACUAAUUAAUUAAAAUUAAAAUUCUUCAAUUUAUGUACAACGCAGCUGUAAGAAAAAAAAUUAAUUCAUUUAGAAAGUAGAAAAAGAAAAAUAAUAAUUAAAAAAAAUGAAUAAAUUAAGAAGUAAGUUAAUAAAAGAAAGAACAAAAGAAAAAAAAUGUUCAGAUUUUUAUACAUUGAAUUAUAAAUUAUUAUGAAAAAAGAAGAAGUUUUAAUGAGAAGAAAAAAAAAGAAUGAAAAGAAACAUUUUGGGUUUUUCAAGUGUACUUUCUAUCGUGAAAUUGGACAAAUCUUUUUCUAUAUUAUUAUAUAUAGAAUAUAUAUUAGGUGAAUAAAAUUCAAAUAGGAGGUGAAAAAAAAGUUAAUAAUUUUCAAGGGAAAUUGUCAUGAAAAAUAUUGUUGUUGACGUCACAUCUCUGGUAGACAAUCCUCCCCCACAAAGAACUAAUAAAAUAAUAAAAAUGAGAUUCUUUUUUAUUUAGAAAUAAUUAUUUUUUAAAAGUAAGAGAAACAUUUUGACAAUUUAUCUGCAAAAUAAAAAAAGUUUUCAACCGUAUUUUUGCGGAUUUCACAGCAAAAAACAAAACGAAGAAAUAAAGAGAAAUUUUGUGCCAAAAAUUAAUUCUUAUUUUGCAUUCCAUUCGAUAAGCCAAUCAUUUUGCGUUUCUCUUUCAUUUCCCAUUCUUACGUGUUGAUUCAUACCUUGACAAUCUUUUUUUUGCAUAAAUCAACGCUUUUCGUAUAAUUUAAAUUAAAUAAGAAAUAAUUUAAAAAUAUUAAAUAAAAGCCAGAGGUGAGCCUUUGAUGGUUAAACAAGAGUUAAAGAAAACGUAUUAGCUAAAAUCGGUGUAGCCGUUUUGCUGCGAUUCUUUUUCCAAAGAAGCAUAGGCUUCUGUUGCAGCCAUUACGGGGCUAUCACACUUUAGCUUCAAGAGCUUGAGCUUCAUAACCUCUAUGUGAGUACGAGAGAGACAACAGCGCUGAUUUUUCUCGUUCUUACACAUCUAAGAUCUUAAGCAUCAAGUACUUAGAGCUUAAGUGUGAUAGCUCUCUUAUAAUAAUGCUCAAUUGACUACUUGAAGCAAUUGCAUCAAAGUUAAUUUUGUGACGCUUUAAAAUCAAUCUAAAUCGGACGAACAACUUUGUUUAGCUACAAAGAAAACUCCAAAAUAUUUCAUUCGGCUAUUAAGCCGAAAGAAUUAAGCUAGUCCAAGAAACUGACGUGAAGCAUAUGCUUCAGUGUUUCAAUUAAUGAUUUAAUGAUGACACUGUGUGAAGGAGAUAUUUUCAUAAAUUCUCAAAGAAUCAUCUAGGAAACACUUUAAAAAAAAAUUCGCCAAAAGAAUGCAAAAACCACGCCCCUAUUGCAAUUAAUGUGGAAGGAAAGAUUAUUCCUUAAAAUGAAUAGACUCCUUUUUAUUUAAAUCAAAAAUCUGUUUCUUUUGCUAGUGGGAGUAUAAAGUAUAAUUUGAAAAGAUUUUAAAAAAAAGUCUUUAAUUUAUUUUUCUUUGUAUUUCUAACCUUCAAAGGCUCUCUUCUGCUGAUUUGGUAUUUAAUAUAAAGAAACAAAGUUAAUUGGAGAAUAUUAUGCAAAACAUUUCAUUUAAAGAAAGAAAAAUCUAAUGAAUAAAAAAAAAUACUAAACUUCCAAAAGAGAAAAGAAAUGAGAAAUCAUUUAAAUAAAAAUGAGAAAAAAAAUGAAUAAAUAUAAAUAAAACAACACAAAAAAUAUUAGAAUAUUGUGUCAAUUUUUUUUAAAUGAAAGUAUAUAAGAAUUUAGAUAAAAUUGUUAAGAGAAAACCCAUAGAAUUACAUAAAAAGAAAAUAAUAAAUAAAAUGAAGAGAUAAAAAAAAUAAUUAGAAAUUGUACAUUUCUAAAUUCUCUCUGUAAAUUUUUAAAUGUCAUUUACUAAUUUUAAAAAUUUAAAUAAAAAAAAGUGAAAGAGAAAAGAAGAAAAAAAAAACAUUUAGAAAGUCAUAUUACCGCAUGGAAAUAGCGAUAAAAACAUUUAAAAAAAACAAGAAAAUAAAACCCAUUGUUAGAUGAUAAUAAAUGUUAAGAGAACUGAUAUCUGUUUAAUGAAAAAAAAAAGAAAACAAAGAUUUUGAUGAGAUGUUUUUUCUUUUCUAAUGAAAAAAUAGUUGCGAAUUCCCCUCCACCCCCAUUAAAAAAACAUCCAUAUAAUCUUGAGAUAAAGAUGAUGAAAAAAAAAAACAUUUAGAAAUUACCUUAGAAAACAUUUAUCGUAAAUUCUAGGAAUACUAUAUAUAUAAGAAGUUAUGAAGAAAUAUGAAAAAAAUUCUCUAGGAAAGGUGAAGAAAAAAAAUGUUUUAUAAUUUGUAAAAAAAAUGAAAACUUCUAUAAAAUCUUAGGAAAAAAAUGGACGUGAGAUAAAUAAAUAAAAGAAAAAUGUAGAAAUCACUCAUUGCGAGAAGAAUCGUGUAAAAAAAACAACUUCAUACAGCCAUAGCGUGUUUUUUUUUCUUAAUUUAUUUGUUUUCUCUUUUUUUUAGCUCAUUUUCUGUAAAUUAUUUUUUGUAUAUUUUUCUUUUUUUUAACUAAUUUUUCAUAUCAAAAUAUUUACCAAAUAUUUUUGCAACGAUGUUUUUUUGUAUAAUUUAUAUUUUGAAAAAAGAAAAAAAAGUUAUUUAUUGCGUUUAUUUUAGAAGGAAGAAGAUGAAGAGAAAAAAUGUUAAUUUUCACACAAAACACACAGAAAAGCAGUGAAAAGUAAAAAUUAAAAAAGAAUAUUUUGAUAAAAUCAAAAGAACGUGUAAAAGAAUUUAUAAAACAAACAAAAAACGAGGAAAAAAUUAACAUUUCAAUGUGAGUUCCUUUUUUAUAAAUUAUGUGAAGUUAUUAUUAAACAAACAAAAAAAUGAAUAUGCUUGACCAAAAAAUAUAUGUAACUUUGUGUAAUAAUUUCUUAUUGAAUUGAAAAAGAA